AUGCUCAAUGUCUCGUCCUUGCCGCUUAUAGCUUACAUCUCGGAGCCCCUUCCCUGGCAAGCGUCCUACUCGUCACCCGAGAGAUACGCCAACUACUCUGACUUCAACGCAGCGUUUCUCGCACUCAACCAACAGCUCUACUCCAACUCGACGUUGCCGGUGGGCUCAACGUUCUUGGUGGACAAGACCAACAACGUACGAGUCGCCCGCGCUCUCCUCACGUUGCACGCGCAGCCAAUGAGCUUGGAUGAGUGUUUCUCCAAAUCGCUCUUGGGGCUCCCAGGGCUCGUCUUUUACACGAGCGCCAUCAUUGAAAACAUCUGCGCAGCGCUCAACAAUGUGACGAGUCUUCGAGAAGAUGCCGAGAACGCAUGCUUUCAUUCUCGCUUGUUCACGUACGAGUAUGGUCGGUCGUGUCUCUGGCUCGUGCCUGGCGAUGCCAUCUCGGCUCGCGACUGGUCGUACAAGAUCGUGCUGGGCGAUCCGACCGCCAUCGUGCUCAAGGAUGCAUGGGUCGCGUCCCUCUACUACCUAGAUAUUUGGAUCAACAUCACCAACUUUGGCGUCGCGACGAUGCAAAUUCAGGUCAGCGGCAACUUGAGUCUUGUACUGCAAGGUGUCCUUUACCUCGCACGCUCGGUCUGGUUUGCGUACUGGGGUCUCUGCCUGGUUUCCUUCCUACUGAAGCGCUGGAAGAAGCAACAUGCUUUUUCCGAAGUCGACCCGACACUUGUUGCAAUCGCAGUGACUGUCUACUGUCCCGCGUUUGUGUUGAUGUUGAAACACAUCGAGACUUGUGCCCGGCUGUACCGACGCCUCUUUUACUAUCUCGUGCCCACAGACCUCCAAAGCCAAGAGAGCGAAGCGGCUCUCGUUUGUAUCAUCUAUACCUUGACAACGCUGAGCUUUCCGCUGGCUUACGGCUUGGCCGCGGGCUGCGUUCGUCGACCACGGUCGAUCCCAGCGGACUGUAGCUCUGUUGGCUUCAAUGGCAUCAAGAGCGCCGCCUUGUUUCAAGCCUCCAAAGCCCUGCACAUUGCACCGCGACGGCCUGCGCGCGGUGGCACCAUCUACCACGUGAUGGACUUGAACCCGCGCCUGAAGUUGUGUCCGACGAUCAACCUGCGGGGCACCGACUGCUUCGUGCUCUGCUACUACAAUGGUGCGCUCACCGAGCGGCUGCGCCUGAGCCUUCUCUCGGGCGUCAACUUUAAGCGCGCGGCGAUUCCGCACAGCAAGGCGCCGUCCAAGUACGUCGUCAACGAGUUGCGCGCGACGGUGUCUUCCGUGCCGAAGGAGUGCAGUCCCGUUCUGCAUCCCAAAAGGAGCUACGAGAUUUGCAUGUCACCUGAGCCCUCCGUCUGGAGUCUUUAG